GCGGCUUCCGGGCCCCUUGCGCAGGCCACGGUCGCCCUCUGCUGACUCAGUGUGGAAGCGCACUGAGUGUGAACGUUAAGGAACCUAAAGGUGGGGAAGUCCUCUCAGCCGAUAGAGGCCGCCACUCAACGUACAGCGUAACUCAGUGCGUCUGGCCCGUCCGGGAGGACUUCCUGUCAGAUCUCUCUGAUUCAGACAGAGGCGGUCAACUUUCUUAAAGUCACUGUAAACAAAAAGAGUCGUGCGCCGACCCGGAAGUGGAAUCUGUAGCUUCGCCUUCUGGCCCGCCGGAAGGAGACCAAAGGGAAGUUGUAGCCAUGGCUGUAGCCGUGGCCACCGCCGGGGUCCUAAUGGGCUCGGAGCCGGGACCCGCGGAAGAACUCGCUAAACUUGAGUACCUGUCUUUGGUGUCGAAGGUUUGCACGGAGCUGGACAAUCACUUGGGCAUCAACGACAAGGAUCUGGCUGAAUUUGUCAUCAGUCUUGCUGAGAAAAAUACUACCUUUGAUACUUUUAAAGCUUCUCUGGUCAAAAAUGGUGCAGAAUUCACAGAUUCUCUUAUUAGCAACCUGUUGCGUCUCAUACAAACCAUGCGGCCUCCAGCAAAGCCUUCUACUAGUAAAGAUCCAGUUGUUAAACCCAAAACUGAAAAAGAAAAGCUGAAGGAACUCUUCCCUGUCCUUUGCCAGCCAGACAACCCUUCAGUUCGGACCAUGUUGGAUGAGGAAGACGUGAAAGUUGCCGUGGACGUCUUGAAAGAGUUGGAAGCAUUAAUGCCCAGUGCAGCAGGCCAAGAGAAGCAAAGAGACACCGAGCACAGGGACAAGACAAAGAAGAAGAAGAGGAGUCGAAGCCGAGAUCGUGACCGAGACCGGGACAGGGACAGGGACAGGGACAGGGACAGGGACCGUGACCGUGACAAGGACCGAGAACGAGACAGAGAUCGAGAACGAGACAGAGAGCGAGAUAGAGACCAUAAGCGGAGACACCGAUCACGCUCUCGGUCACAUUCUAGGACCCGGGAGAGGACUAAGGGGAAGUCUAGAUACAGGUCUAGGAGCAGAAGUCAGAGUCCCUUCAAAGAUCGGAAAGACCGGGAAAAGUAUGGGGAGAGGAAUCUGGACAGAUGGCGGGAUAAGCAUGUGGACCGUCCUCCCCCUGAAGAGCCUGCUAUUGGAGAUAUUUACAAUGGCAAAGUGACCAGCAUCAUGCAGUUUGGUUGCUUUGUGCAGCUGGAGGGCCUAAGGAAGCGGUGGGAAGGCCUGGUGCACAUCUCUGAGCUCCGACGGGAAGGUCGAGUGGCCAACGUGGCUGAUGUUGUGAGCAAAGGCCAGAGGGUCAAGGUCAAAGUUCUCUCCUUCACUGGGACCAAGACCAGCCUGAGCAUGAAGGAUGUGGAUCAAGAAACAGGAGAAGAUCUAAACCCAAACAGACGCAGAAAUCUGGUUGGGGAGACCAACGAAGAGACGUCCAUGAGGAACCCAGACAGACCGACUCACCUCUCCCUCGUCAGUGCUCCUGAAGUAGAGGAUGACUCACUGGAGCGGAAGCGGCUCACCCGCAUCUCUGACCCAGAGAAGUGGGAGAUCAAACAGAUGAUUGCUGCCAAUGUGCUUUCCAAAGAAGAGUUUCCAGACUUCGAUGAAGAGACUGGCAUUCUCCCUAAGGUGGAUGAUGAAGAAGAUGAGGAUCUUGAAAUUGAACUUGUUGAAGAGGAGCCUCCGUUCCUGAGAGGGCACACCAAGCAAAGCAUGGAUAUGAGCCCCAUCAAAAUUGUUAAGAACCCAGACGGCUCACUCUCCCAAGCAGCCAUGAUGCAGAGUGCCCUGGCCAAGGAAAGGCGGGAGCUGAAGCAGGCCCAGCGGGAAGCAGAGAUGGAUUCUAUACCCAUGGGACUCAACAAACACUGGGUUGAUCCCUUGCCUGAUGCGGAAGGCAGGCAGAUCGCUGCCAACAUGAGGGGGAUUGGGAUGAUGCCCAAUGACAUUCCUGAGUGGAAGAAGCAUGCCUUUGGAGGCAACAAAGCAUCUUACGGGAAGAAGACCCAGAUGUCAAUCCUUGAGCAGAGAGAGAGCCUGCCCAUCUACAAACUGAAAGAGCAGCUGGUGCAGGCUGUGCAUGACAAUCAGAUCCUAAUUGUAAUUGGCGAGACAGGAUCCGGGAAGACAACACAGAUCACCCAGUACCUGGCAGAGGCAGGCUAUACUUCCAGGGGCAAGAUUGGGUGUACCCAGCCCAGAAGAGUGGCAGCUAUGUCUGUGGCCAAAAGAGUAUCAGAGGAGUUUGGUUGUUGCCUUGGUCAAGAGGUGGGCUACACCAUUCGAUUUGAGGAUUGCACCAGCCCAGAAACAGUCAUCAAGUACAUGACAGAUGGCAUGCUGCUAAGAGAGUGCCUGAUUGACCCCGAUCUCACUCAGUAUGCCAUCAUUAUGUUGGACGAGGCACAUGAGAGGACCAUUCACACAGAUGUGCUCUUCGGAUUGUUGAAAAAGACAGUUCAAAAACGACAAGACAUGAAGCUGAUUGUCACCUCAGCCACACUGGAUGCAGUGAAGUUUUCUCAGUAUUUCUAUGAAGCACCCAUCUUCACAAUCCCAGGUCGAACCUAUCCAGUGGAGAUUCUGUAUACAAAGGAGCCGGAAACAGAUUAUUUGGACGCUAGCCUGAUCACAGUCAUGCAGAUCCAUCUGACAGAGCCUCCGGGUGACAUCUUGGUUUUCUUGACUGGUCAGGAAGAGAUCGAUACUGCUUGUGAGAUCCUGUAUGAAAGAAUGAAGUCACUGGGACCUGAUGUCCCAGAGUUGAUCAUCCUUCCAGUGUAUUCUGCCCUUCCGAGUGAGAUGCAGACCCGAAUCUUUGAUCCAGCUCCCCCUGGCAGCAGAAAGGUGGUGAUUGCUACCAACAUUGCAGAAACAUCUCUGACCAUAGAUGGCAUCUACUAUGUGGUUGACCCUGGAUUUGUGAAGCAGAAAGUUUAUAAUUCUAAAACAGGGAUCGACCAGCUUGUGGUGACACCUAUUUCUCAGGCUCAAGCAAAGCAGAGAGCUGGCAGAGCUGGGAGAACCGGCCCAGGGAAGUGUUACAGGCUGUACACAGAGCGUGCCUACCGAGAUGAAAUGCUGACCACCAAUGUGCCGGAAAUCCAGAGAACCAACCUGGCCAGCACAGUGCUGUCCCUCAAGGCCAUGGGCAUUAAUGACUUGCUGUCCUUUGACUUUAUGGAUGCCCCACCAAUGGAAACUCUGAUCACAGCCAUGGAGCAACUGUAUACGCUGGGGGCCCUGGACGAUGAGGGCCUGCUUACUCGCCUUGGCCGCAGGAUGGCAGAGUUCCCUCUGGAGCCAAUGCUCUGCAAAAUGCUCAUCAUGUCUGUGCAUCUGGGCUGCAGUGAAGAGAUGCUAACUAUUGUGUCCAUGCUGUCUGUGCAGAAUGUCUUCUACCGACCCAAGGAUAAACAGGCCCUUGCAGAUCAGAAGAAGGCCAAGUUCCACCAGACAGAGGGGGACCACCUCACUCUGCUGGCUGUGUACAACUCCUGGAAGAACAACAAGUUCUCCAACCCGUGGUGCUAUGAGAACUUUAUCCAGGCUCGCUCCCUACGCCGGGCCCAGGACAUUCGCAAGCAGAUGUUAGGCAUCAUGGACAGGCACAAGCUGGAUGUGGUCUCCUGUGGUAAGUCCACAGUCCGGGUGCAGAAGGCCAUCUGCAGCGGGUUCUUCCGGAAUGCUGCCAAGAAGGACCCACAGGAGGGCUACCGGACAUUGAUUGACCAGCAGGUGGUCUACAUCCACCCUUCCAGCGCUCUCUUCAACAGACAGCCUGAAUGGGUGGUAUACCACGAACUGGUGCUGACCACAAAGGAAUACAUGCGUGAGGUCACCACCAUCGACCCCCGGUGGCUUGUGGAGUUUGCUCCGGCUUUCUUCAAAGUCUCUGACCCAACCAAGCUAAGCAAGCAGAAGAAGCAACAGCGCCUGGAGCCUCUGUACAAUCGGUAUGAGGAGCCGAACGCCUGGAGAAUCUCCCGUGCUUUCCGGCGGCGCUGAAAGACAGCUGACCACUCACCUCUCCUGCACCAUGGCUUCCUCUGGCUGAUAACAAGCUAGUCCUGUGUGACUUAUCUUAAACUGAUCAUUUUCCAAGCCUGACUCUCUUCAUAGUGUAAGAUACAAACAUUUACGCAGGGCUUUGGCCAGAGCCUUUAAUCCCAGCACUUGGGAUGCAGAGGCAGGAAGAUCUCUUGAGUUCAAGGGCAGCCUGGUCUACAGAGCCAGCUCCAGGACAGCCAGGGCUACACAGAGAAACCCUGUCUUGAAAAAAGUCUCACACACACACACACACACACACACACACACACACACACACGCGAGAAAAAUCAGAAAAGGUGUGCAUCAUCCUGGGAUGGACAAGGGACAUGAGUGAGUGACUGAUGCAUGACAGACCCAGCAAGGGCCUGUUACCCAGCUCGUGCUUGCUGAAGGAAUGGACCGUGGCUCUCAUGUGCCAUGUUGGCCCCACUCUACCCACUCCCCAGCCUCUGUACUUGGGUUUCUACCUCCUGGAAAUAUUUAUUAUUUUUUUAAGGAAACAAUGGUUUAUUAUGACUUUGUCUUGUUGGGCAGGGGUAGCUACAAGGUCAGGCUCUCUGCCUGAGUUUAGUGUGGUGCACAUGUCAGUCUCCUGACACCAGAACCCAGGCCUCUCUGGGUCCAGACAUGAUGCAUGGGCCAAACCUCCAGUCUGUCUUUCAGCACCACUGGAGCUAGCUCAGCCUUGGCAGCACAUGGCCCCAGAUUAACCAAGUCUGUGCCAGAGUCUUCAGUCUGGCUCCUAGCAGUUACAGAUGCCGCAUGAGAACACAAAGUUCUCCUUGAUCCUUUAUCUCCUUCCUGCCACUGUCAUUGAGUGGUGUGCUCCAUUUCCUUUAAAACAUAACAAAUAACGACACUAUGACAGCGUUCCCUCAGUCAGCAGAAAGCAAGCACGCCUCUCAGCUGCUCCGAGCUGACGAGACUUGGGAUCUGGGGAGUAACCCAUACCUUCACUCCUGCUAAUGGUUUUCCUAGUUCUCCCUUCUGAGAACUCUGGGGGUUCUGUGCUGAUGGGAGACCCAUCAUCCUGUCAAGCCAGACUGGAGCUUGCUGAGGAGCCCUGGGGAUAUUGGGCUUAUCCUGGGCCAUGGAAUGCCUCCUUCAGCCCCACAUUAGUAACUUCUGUGAGUUAAGUGCUGAAUAGUCGGCCAGAUGCCUAAAGAGGAGGAUGUACCCUGUGAGGACUUAGACAAAAUUGAAGCAGAACCCAGGAUCCAGCUCCUGGUCUUACAGUAAAACACUUGACGGUUGACAAGUGCGUGUCAUGCUUGCAUGGGGCCUUGCUAACCUCUGUACUUCUGGUGUUUUUCUCCCCGCUUUCCCUCUUCAUUGGAGAAGGGAUGCAUGUCCUCUAUACUGAGCUCUGUCCCUGGAAAGAUCAGGAUUGCAGGGCUGACUAUGGAUGCAUGUGUAGGUAUUCCUUCCCUUUGUUACUUGAGAGCUGGAAUCACUUCUCUGCUGUGACCCCUGGAUCUGACCUCUGACUGCUCAUCAGAAUAGCCACUCCAAUUUACAAGCCCAGGCUACUCUGAGGUAAAGAAGUGUCCUGUUGAGAUUUGGAGGGAGAUCUGGCCUGAGAACAGGACAGUAGGGCC